CUAUCAAUAACCGCUGUGCUGUGUUUUGCUAUUUGAUUUUUACAAUAAUUCCUAUCUAUUUCGUAACCAAUAUAAUGCUCUACAUAUUAUAAUUUAUAGGUUAUUAUCGUUAUCGACCUGUCAAGGAGACAUUUUUCGUCAAACUGUUUCCACAAUUUUGCAAAAUAGGAGACGAAAAUCCUUUUAAAUUUGCAAAUUUUAUAUCGAAUCUGCCACCAAUUGGUGGUGGAGCAAUGCCUCGGUGCAGCAAGCGCUCGCGCAGCGGCGCGCCCGCCGCGCCCGGCGACCUUCUGCCAGGAGCCACUGCACUCGAUGAACACCACCACCACAAGCGCUCGCGCAACACCAGUUCGAGAAGACAUUCCAAAGCAGAAGAAUCCAGCUUUAGUGUAAAGAAAUGUUUAGCCUGGUUCAAGGAAUACACAACAGCAACGGAGCCAGAUGUUUUAGGGCCCGAGGGCAUGGAGAAGUUCUGCGAGGACCUCGGUGUGGAGCCGGAGAACGUCGUCAUGCUGGUCAUCGCAUACAAAAUGGCCGCCAAACAAAUGGGCUACUUCACUCAAGAGGAAUGGUUAAAGGGUCUGACGGAGCUCCAGUGCGACACGGUACACAAACUGCAAAACAAAUUAGAUUACUUACGGAACACCCUCAAUGACCCAUACAUAUUUAAGGCUAUUUAUAGAUAUUCGUAUGACUUCGCCAGGGACAAGGAGCAGCGCUCGCUGGAGACUGGCACCGCGCGCGCGCUGCUGGGCGUGCUGCUGCCGCGCUGGCCGCUGCGCGCGCCGCUCGCCGCCUUCCUGCAGCGCGAGCCCCGCUACCGCGUGCUCAACCGCGACCAGUGGUGCAACAUCCUCGAGUUCAGCCGCACCGUCGGCCUCGACCUCGCCGCCUACGACCCCGACGGCGCCUGUCAGUGA